AUGUCACUUAUCGUUUUCCUCCGUGUGGACGACUUGCAAUGGCGAAAUCAGGAACUGCUGCACAGCUCCGCGCCACUGCGUUCCUGCGUCGCGGCGCAUGGGAAUUACGUCGGGCUAAAUGCAGCACUCUACUGCUGUUGAUCGGACUGGCGGUUUUAAGUCUGGGUUUUUGGGUCUACCCGCCGUCCCAAAUUCAGUGGUCAAGUUUCGGGGUGCGAUUCCAAGCAAGCGGUGACACGCACGCUUUGCGGUGGGGCGCUGGGAAUGAUGUCGUGAUGCUGAAGGGUCAAAGUUUGCAGCGAAUCCUCCCUUCUCGAUACCCCAAUGGAGCUAACAACACGUUCCAGUGCGACCUGCCGUCGCUACGGUUCCAGUGUGACCUGGACAGAGAUAAAGGAUGCAAAGCUUAUCCGCAAUUGUUCCCGUCUGCGGCGUUAUUCGACAAUUGGAAAGCAGAGAACACGGCAAUGCCGCCCGCCAUCUUCGACAGCAUCUGCCACUUUAACGUCUCCGAUCCGUAUGAGUUUCGGUUGGCUCAAAUGUUUCGGGAGAUGGAAGUGCCGUUCGUCGCCUAUGGCAUCCCAGAGCUCACAGCUGCUGCUGUGCGAUGGACGGACGAGUACCUGACGGAGAAACUCAAUCCGAAGGCGUUGUACAAGGUGCACGUAGCUAACGACAGUCACUUCAUGUACUACCUCAAAAGCAAGCAGCUUGCUGGCGAGAAGGACACGUACGAGUCGCGUUGGAUGACGUAUCCGCAAUUUGUCAAAACUAUCAGCGACGUCAAACCAUUGGAAGAAGCUGGCAAGCCUCACGAAUACUACUACUUCAUGCUCAAGCAGAACGAUUUCUCGAAGCAAGCGUCAUUCAUCUACAACGAGCUGCAGUUCCUCAACCCAACACUAACUGAACAUGAUCCACGGUUCGGUGAUUUAUUCAUUCGGGAUGCAGCAAUAGCCAAGGAGCGCGGGAUGCGCUGUCGUCUCGGAAUGCGUGGGAUUAUUGCGGAUGGACACAUUGAUGGCGGACUGAACCAUAUCUCGAUGAUCCGUGGAACGAAGCGCUACGUCAUCGCUCCACCCAGUGCGUGCCAGUGUCUAGGACUCAUGAUUCAGGGUCAGUCUGCGCGUCACACAGCAUUUAAUUGGUCGGACACAAGCGCUCUAUCCGAAGACGCACGCAACUGUCCCGCAGCGGAAGUCGCACUCACGGCCGGCGAAGUUUUGUACCUCCCGUCAUACUGGUAUCACCACAUUGUGUCCUUGGAUACGAGUAUCCAGUGCAAUAUACGCUCAGGUUUCUCCAUUCGUGAUGAUAUCAAACAGUUCCUCACGGGUUGCGGCUUCGGUCCAAAGUAGCUAAAGCAAGUUUCAAAUGCAUGUAGUGCGAAUGAUUAUUGUGAUGUUGGUCUUAGAACGGACUCAAGUACUCUAUAGACGUCUGAAUUCGUGGCAGCUAGACGCUCACUGUGCCUACAACGCUAACAGCAGCGGUGAGAUCGUAUUUGGGUGUCGCGUCAGACGUGAGGAGACCAAAAGUCUUCUCGAACGCGCUGGUCUUGUGCUGUGUGUCAAACAUCUGAAAGUAAAAGGACUCGGUCAUCGAGCUGCUCCACGCCUUGUAGUCACUGUAAAAUGUUUGCUGGCCAGCGAUGCUGCCGGUAUUGCCCGAGAGAGAUCCGUCUGACGGCCACCCCGUCUCCGUAACCAUGAGCUUGUCACCAAAGUUCUUGACCAUGAUCUCCCACUGGGUAUUGACGACAUCGAUGGCGUUGUCGGCAGUCGUCCCUGGAUUGAAGUAAGGGUGG